UCAACAAGCCAAUAUUUAAUACGUUUCCACUAGCUAUCAAAUGCUUUAAAGUUUCAUGUUUAAGUGAAACCAUUUACCGUCAAUCCUUUCCCAUUCCUCCCACUAAUCCACCUUUUAAUUACUCUUAAAUCACCACUAAGCUUCAAAUCCAUCCAAAACCACACUAUAAAAACAGAACUCUCGUAACUCAAUCAUCACAACACAACAAAACCCCAAAAUAGAGAAUAAUGGCUUCGUACACAAGUUUCCUCGUUGCCAUCGUCGCUCUUCUCCUCGUGCUCAAUAUCUCCGGCAGAACUCUCCCGGAGACGGCAGAUUCCACCAACAUAGCGGCACGGCUCAACGGAGGAGGAUUAAUGGAGUGUUGGAACGCACUGUACGAGCUCAAAUCAUGCACAAACGAAAUCGUUCUGUUCUUCCUCAACGGCGAGACCAAACUCGGCGUCGAUUGCUGUCAAGCCGUCGAAGUCAUCACCACUGAUUGUUGGCCGGCGAUGUUAACUUCUCUUGGCUUUACCUCUGAUGAAACCAACGUUCUUCGCGCCUUCUGUCAAUCUCCAAAUUCCGGUGGUUCUUCGCCGGCGCCUUCCUCGGUGAAACUUUGAUUUAUGCAAACUCCAAUAAUGGUUAUAAUAUAUAGUUUUUAAAUGAUAUAA